AUGGCAAUCACUCGGUCAUCUUCAUCCCCUUCUCCAGUUCUCAAAAAGAAAUCAAAAAUGGGCAAGAAAUCUUUGGCCAACAAAUCCAAGGGUAAACGCCCAAUCAUUGAUGAUUUUGAUUCUGAUUUUGAAGCUCCCAUGCCGAAGCGUGUGAAACCCACUUCUUCGAAGAAAUCGAAGCUGAACUUGGAGGAGUCCUCGCUUCCAGAAAUUUCUGGGAAAAAAUUUCAAAAACCUGUUACACAUUCUGCAGAUCGGACUGAGGUUAUGUGUUUUGUUUUCGUUUUUGGUGUUUUCAAUCAUUCUUCGUUAGUUUCUUUUCAGUUUUUAAAUAGUUUUAUUCUUUUGGUUUGGGACUGUAAAUUUAGUCCUUCUGAUUUUUACAGAUCUAAUUUGGGCAUUUUCUGGAUAUGCCUGAGUUUGUUUUUCACCCACAAGUCGUUCAUAGUUUACUACUUAAGGGAAGUUUUACAGCCUAAUCCUAAGGAGUUUUGGGCUAAGGUUGCUGGCCGUUGCAUACGGUUUAGUGCCGAAGAAUUUUACCUUAUUUCUGGUUUAGAUUGUUUCGGUGAUUGCAACAAGUUGUUGUUUUCACAGGAAACAAAUCAAUUGGUAGAAACAUGUUUCCGUGGUGUAAAAACUAUUGACAACAAAGCCAUCGAGGAUGCUUUUUUGGGUAGUCGGUGGGGUUUGGAUGAGUCUAUUGGUUUGAAAAUGGCUGUUUUGUAUUUCAUUCAGUGUUUUCUUCUUAGCAAUACUCCUGACAAAGAAGUGUCUAGGUUUGUUCUAGAUGUAGUUGAUAGCGGUCGGUGGGAUGAGUAUUGUUGGGGUAGGGAAUCAUUUGAAUUGACAAUUGACUCAUUCAAAGGUAGGAUUGAGCAUGGGAUCAUUAUGAAAAAUAGAAAGGCAGAGAAGGGAGGCCAAUAUGAUGGCUGGUAUAGGGCAUUGGGAUGUCCUUGGGUUUUUACUGUUUGGUUUUAUGAAUGCUGUCCUGCAAUGGUGAACUCUUUCUGUAAGAGAGUUUCAUCUUCUAUUCCCAGGAUUCUGAACUGGAGCAACACCAUCGUCACCAAAAAUCCAACCCUUCGAGACUUGAAGGGCAAGAUUUUUGAUUUACCUUUGGAGAAGUUGAAGAUAAAAAACAUGCGUCCUACUGAUGAAGAGAGGCAGCAGCUUCAACUUGACGGUCUAUUUCUCGAUGAAUCUAUUGAUGAACGUGGUGUAGCGAAGCAAUCCUUCGAGGGUGGCUCAUCUUCAAAGAAGUCUGAUUCAGCAGAUAUUGAUUGGAUGAAAUCUAAGCUGGAGAUGCUCAGUUCGAAUCAAUCAUCAUUGGCCGAGGACUUCAUUUCGUUGAGGUGUUUUGUUGAUUUUAAUUUCAAAUCUGUAAUGACUGUAAUUAAGGAUAUCCAAGAGAAGGUUAAUGCCAUUCAUCGUCGUCCUUCUGACGAGGGAAAGUCAUCGGAUGAAUUAGUAACUCAAGAUUCUGAUGAUGAUCCUGAUGAUGAUGAUGAUGAUGAUGAUGCCGAGGAUGAUGACAAGCAAUUGCCUGAUCCAGAAAAUAUUGAUUCCGACUCCGACGAUGGUGGUGAGUUGGUUAAAGUUGGUGGGGAUGCUGAUGAUGCUGACAAGGAUGUUGAGAAGCCGAAGGGCGAUGAGUCUCGAUUGAAGGGGGACGAUUUCUUUGAUGGGUUGAGCCAGCUUGUAAUAGAUGAUGAUCAAGUUGUGUUGGGGUGGCUUGGAGGUACAUUGCUAAAAUCAAUGUCCCCGCACCCAAUCCAGAUGUUGUUGGUGAAAAGUCAGAUGCCAUUCAUACUGAUGAAGAAACUGAGGAUACUGUCUCUGAUACACCUCUGUUGGAUAAGAGGAAGCGUGCUCCGGCCUUGA